AUUUCCACCAAUAGCAUACCCAGCGUUCCCGUCACAUGAUCUUUAUUUAUGUAAGGUAAUAACCUUACACUGAGUGGCUUGGGCUUUUUCGAGCUCUAUCCAUACAAUGCGCAUCAGAGCAGCAAGCCUACUUCUCCGGGCUGUGCUUUUACAGUAAGACUGGGGCCGAAACAUUCAAGGAAUCUUUGUUCAAAUUCUGACCCAAUAUUGGUCUAGUGUUGAUGGAUCUCGGAGUUGAAGACAACCAGACGCGAAUUACAGAGACGAUCGGACCUUCUGUUCAUCAUGAUGCCAGGAAAGAGAAGACGUUACGUGGUGUUGUUCCAAACCAAAUACUUUAUGCUUAACAAUGGAAAACGCAUGUGAAUGAAUCGGAAGGGUUUUGUCAGUUGGAAUUACACUAUAAGGUCUUUAUGGUUGGAUCUUGGGUUCCGCGAGCCUUUGUUUACUAAAUCAGAAAGAGUCCAGCAGUCAGGUCAUGCUAAUUGGAGAAGAGUGUCUGUCGUUGCUUAGAUGGUGAUUAGAUAGGGACUCAUAAACUGCUCACGGACCGGCGGUGGUGACAUAACCCCGCAACUGUGCCAUCAUGGAUCUACUUGAGUGCCCAAUCUGCCUGUUCCUCAUGUGUGAACCGGCCACCAUGUCCUGUGGUCACACGUUCUGCCGGAGCUGCCUGGGGAACUACUUGUCAUCCAGGUGUCCAGCCUGCAAGGAAAUAUUUAAACAGAGAGAAGCCAAAAACAUCAAGAACAACAUCCUACUCUUCAGUGUCAUUGAGAAGUGCUGCCCAGAAGAGACGAGGAUAAAGUGUCAUAUUCUGGAGAAACUCAAAACCAGCGAGUUCACAGAAGCUUUACGCAUCGCGGAUGAAGGGAUACGACUAGCUCCUGAUGAUGUGAGUCUGAAGGUGUGGAGAGCGGAAGCCAAUAUGGGACUGAGACUUUUCUCUGAUGCCCUGAGGGACCUGGAAGACCUCUGCUGCGUCCACCCCAACUGGACAGAGGGUUUCUUUCGUAAAGGUAAUGUGUUACUGGAGAUGGGUCGUCAGUCUGAAGCCCUGAUCCAGUUUCACCACUGUCUCAAGCUACAGGCCGACUUCACUCCUGCCAUGAGCCAGAUUAAAAAGAUCCUGGAGACGGAGGGCAUGUCAGUGCCAGAGGAGGUGCCCCAGAUCCUCCAGGUGGUCUCAGAGUACCUCAGAGGCCACUGCCCCCCCAUCACAAUCCUCUUCCCUGAGGAACCCACACACAGCCACACACACAGCCACACACACUGCCUCAACAAAAGCUUCCGAUACCCUCAGGUGGAGGGUGCAGACGGGGACAGGAGAGCAGACUUGGAGACAGGGCCAAAGGUGAAACAUGGGACCAGUACUGAGUGCUGUCUCAGUCUCUGUCAGGCCGUGUCCUUCCUCCCUACAGCCGAGAAUGAUGAGGAGAUGAUGAUGAGGAGGAGGGAGGAGAGGCACAGCAGGGGAGGCUGCAGUCUGGACAGAAGAGAAUCUCUGAGUGUCCUCACUGUGUCUGACUUUGAAUGUCCCCUCUGUAUCAGGUUGUUCUAUGAGCCAGUGACCACGCCCUGUGGACACACCUUCUGUAGGACCUGUCUCGAGAGAAGCCUAGACCACAACCUCCGCUGUCCCCUCUGCAAACAACCACUAGAGGAGUACUUUAAGAACAGGAAGUACAACCCCACGGUGCUGCUGCAGGAGAUCAUGUCUCACCUCUUCCCCCUGCAGCUGGAUGAGAGGAAGCAGGUCCACGAGACUGAGAUGGCCGAACUAUCCAAUCUAACUAAGGACAUCCCUAUCUUUGUGUGUACGGUGGCGUACCCGGGCGUGCCCUGUCCUCUCCACAUCUUCGAGCCUCGUUACCGCCUCAUGAUGAGACGAUGUAUGGAGACGGGCACCAGGAAGUUUGGCAUGUGCAGCUACGAACAUGGAAAAGGAUUUGCAGACUACGGCUGUAUGCUGGAGAUUCAUAGCCUAGAGGUGUUGCCUGACGGUCGCUCCUAUGUGGACUGUGUGGGAGGAAGUCGCUUCAGGAUCCUGAAGAGAGGACAGAGAGAUGGAUACCACACCGCUGAUAUAGAGUACAUGGAGGACCACAAGGCUGAGGGGUCAGAGUUGGAGCUGUUGCAGAGCCUCCAUGACAGUGUGUAUGAGCAGGCCCAGGACUGGUACACACGCCUCAACACACGGCUCAGAGAACAGAUCAGCAGACAGUAUGGAACCAUGCCUGACAAGGAUAACAACAUACAGGCCUCCAACAACGGUCCAGCGUGGUGUUGGUGGUUGUUGUCAGUUCUCCAGCUGGAUCCUGCCUACCAGACCACCGUCCUGUCCCUGCCCUCCCUCAACGACCGCCUGGGACACCUGCGCAUGGUUCUGGAGUACUUCUCUCAGAGCUAGAGAAGAGGAGGAGAUAAAGGGAUACAGAUUUACUGGGCUUUCUGAUGCUUAUCCAGUACCCUACACAGAGGAGAGGAGCAUCUCUACAGACUGGAUAAUGUGAAACAUCACACACACACUAAUAUAUCACUCACACACAGAUCCCACACACAGUACCUGUCAGGCCCACUCCCCACCCCUGUAUCUUCAGCAAGAUGUUACUGGGUUUAGAGCCUGUCGCCAUGGAGACCAUAUGUCCUAGCUUGAACCCAUUUUACCUGGCCAAGAGCAGAAAGAGAUUGUUUUAUCACUUACAUAAAUAAUAUGUUUGUUCAUAGAUACAUCGUAGGUAAAUACCAUAUUGAAUCACUGGUGAAAGGUGCUUUUUGGAUGAAACUAGCUUGAAAUACCUUAAACUAUACCGUUUCUUAUUUGUGUCCAGCUCGCUAAUAAUCACUCAAAUUAAAGAUAGACAGUCACGAACUAUGGAUAUAUUGGACUAUCUCUUGCAAAUUUUGACGGCAAAGAAAUUUAACACAUUUUCAUUGCGGCCUUCCGGACCUCGUUGAAGACCGAAUGCAGCCCCCGGGGCAAAAUAAGUGUGACACCCCUGCAGUAUAAGGUUAAACUCAAACUGUUCUCAUUCAUGCCAAGGGAUCUAAACCUGGUGGCAAUGUCUCAGAUAACCACUAGGUGUCACUGUUUUCACUCCUGUUUCCCAUAUCAGCCAAGCAUAAAGAACACUGCCAUGGCAACCGACCCGCAUGCAUGACGUAACCAGCCAUGUCAGAAUCAGAUGAUCUGAUUCCUAUGGCUGUGAAGUGCUUGAAGAAAAGCUAUUCAAAAAAAGUGACACAGAUAGCUCAGUCUUACAGAGCUGAACUUGAUUUCCUGGGUAACACACAAUAUGCUAUUAUAAGGCUUGGGUUAAAGUUAUGUAUAGUUUAUAAUAAUCAUAUUGUCUUUUUUGGGGGUUCUUUAAAACCUUGGUGAGCUACUAUAUUGUGACAAACACAGUGACCAGCCAUUUUGAAUUACAGUAUAAUUACAGUAUAAUUACUAUUGCCAUUACUGUAUCUUUACUGACUUGUUACCAAUAUUGAAUAGGAUGUAAUAUUAGUGUGUUAUUGCAAUAAUAUUCUAUUAUGAAACAUUGAAACAUAAAAAGGCUCCGCCUGGGUGAAAAUCGUCAUAUUUCUGAGUAAUGUGAAUUAAAGCUGCUAUAGCCUGACUUCUCUUUAGUGUUGGUGAAGAUGUAUUGAACAGGGUUCCAUCCCAAAUGGCACCCUACUCCCUUCAUAGGGCACUACCUUUGAUCAGGGCCGCAAUAGGACUGUGGUGAAAACUAGUGCACUAUAUAGGGAAUAGGGUGCUAUUUGGGAUUCAGACCCAGGUCUUUGUUAAAUAAGGUGGAAAAAGACAGGUACAGCUUAGCUGUUCUACACAUGUGUAAACAGGUGUGUUGUUCUGUACACAUGCAUAUGUAUGCACAGGAGGCUGGUGGCACCUUAAUUGGUGAUAAUGUGCUCGUGGUAAUACCUGGAGCAGAAUCAGUGGAAUGGUGUCAAAUACAGUAAACAUGGUUUCCAGGUGUUUGAAGCCAUUUAAUUUGCUCCGUUCCAGACAUUAUUAUGAGCCGUUCUCCCCUCAGCAGCUUCCUGUAUGUAAACAGUCUUUGGAUAGCAGUCCUCCCCCUGACAACACAAACAAGUUGAUGCUUUGUUGGACAGUAGAGGUGUGUGUGUGUAUAUUGAAGAGACUACCUGUGUAAUAUAAAAGCUACCACUCCUGAGUUCAAACAGUGUGGGUUUUCUUUCAAAUGCCUGAGUUGCACUUUAUUGAGUUUGCCUAACGCAAUGGCACCAAUAGAAUAGUCCCAAAAGUGCACACCAUGUCCAUCAGGCUCAAUCAAUCGUUCAAAGUAUUUGGAAAUAAAUCAAAUAAUAUUUCCUUUUAACCCAGGUCUGGUAGCUUUCACACCCACAGGCAGGACAGACAGGAGUUGCCUCCCUAGCCUUCGGGCUCACACCACCCUCUGCCCCCUGUAGCGCCCCCUACCUGUGUGGCCCUCUCACCACUAGUGUUGGUGACUACAGUGCCUGGCCACUAGGAGGCAGAAGUUUGUGUUUGAGCAGAAGGGAAUAGACAAACGUUGUUGGUUUCUUUUUGGGGUUUAUUAGUGCCAUAUUCCGUGGAAUGUUGAAACGGCAAAUCUUAAAAUGAUUUACUGACAGACAGGCUGAAAAUAUACACAGGCUGUGUUUUUCUACUAUAAUAUUUGUGCCAUAGAUACUGUUAUUGUGUGUUUUUAUUUAGAGAUUUAGUUGGAUUCAGUCAUGAAAUAUUUAUUAAGAUUACAACCAAACUGCAACUUAAGCGUUGUAAUUAAUUCCCCAUGUGUUAUAUCUGCUGGACAGUGAAAGACUAGCUUCGACCUGACACAUUAGAUUGACCACAUAUUGUUUUUAACAGACCGUCACAGACCGGUGACUCAGCAUUGUAACUCGCCUGUUUAUAGUCUACAGUAGAUAUACUAGUGUAGCUAUAAUAGAUAGAUAAUAACCCUCAGUGAUUGGACUGACGUGUGUGCUAGUUUUUGGAGGGGCACGUUUAAAGGCCUGAUAUUUCGAUACCCCUCCAAAGGACAGACAGACAAAUGGUUGGGCACAGGGGCAGGCCGGGCCUCGGCCCCUGGUUAUUCUGACUUCUCCCCUAACAUUUAACCUGGUGACCCAUGUUUCCCUCUAACAUCGCUGAUGAAGGCCUGCCUUUAGUUAGUUUGGCUUCAGUUGGUUCAGUUGGACCUGGUUGAUUCUGACACUCCUGAAAACCGCUUUAGGAGCUGAUUUCGACGGGUCAUCUAAGUAAAACCAAUCUAGGGGAAACACUGGUCUGACCGGCUAUGUACAGUUCACUACCCACACAGAACCUUAGAACCCACAGGUACUGACCUACACACCAGCUUUCUGAAUACACGCAAUAAAGCAACGAUCAUGAGGUCCAAUGUGGCCUACUCUAAAGUGCAGAUUUUGACUGGAUCACUACAGAUCACUGGCUGUCAGACAUGUACAGAAGUGUAUAUUAGUCUUUAGCUGAUUGUUUGCCGAUGGAAACCCCAAAAAACUUGAGGUCCAAUCAAAAACAUUGAUCACUUUACACCUCGGCCGUCUUGAAUUCCCCUGGCUAAUUCCACAAGAAGGACUUUGAUCAGGACCAGGCAGUCUAUUCAGGAACCAGACUUGACUGUUAAAAUGAACAACUGGGUGGAAAUUGACUACAGUUGACUUGUCCUUGAUUGAGGUGCCUCCCCUCUCCUGUAUGAUUGAUUAUUGGAGAAGAAGACUUCUAUUCUUGCACAGUAUAAUAGAUAUGCUAGACCUGUUUUCUCUAAUGUUCAGCAGUGGCAUCAAUGUUAUUUUGUCCAACUACGCAUCAUAAAAAUAAAAAAAGAUUUUCUCCUUUCCCA